GCGCGAUCGCCGUCUGUGACUCAGUGUCCGAGAACCUACGGUGCAGGUCGGAUGUGUUGCUCGUGCGCUCCGCUGAUUCCUGCACUGGUCCCUCGCCUUCAUUGGUUCUCUCCCGCGUAGGAAUCGGUCGCCUUUUGUACUUCUUUUUCUUGGACUACGACCUGUUUGGAAGCCCAUUCUGUGAUUCUUUUUUUUUUAUUUUGAUUUUGGAAAAAAAAACACAACCCCCCCUUUUUUUCUUCCCGAAUGCUUACUACAAUAUUUUCAUGGUUGCAAUCUUGAACGAAGGGGAUUGGUACACUCUGCAGUAGCGUGGCAGUGGAAAGAUUUUUGCAAUAAGAAAAAAUCUCAAGAGAAAUAUAUCUUUUGGAAAAAGAGGGAAAAAUAAACAAAGUUCCGUUUCAAUGUGAGAAUCGUGGAUGGUACUGAACAUUCAGAAGAUACUGUGAAAAAGAUUUUACAUACAUCUGUAAUUCUUCUUAACGCCAAAGGAAGAGAUUUAUCUGCGGAAGUAGUGAAGAUAAAUAACCCGAAGAUGGCGAGCUUAGUGGACCGGGUCAUGGACGGAUACCAUGAUCUCUUCACCAACCAGCGGGACCCCCGCGUGGACGGCUGGCUUUUCAUGGACUCCCCGUGGCCGACGUUCUUCAUCUGCGUGAGUUACGUGGUGAUCGUGAAGGGCCUCGGUCCGUAUUACAUGAAGGAUCGGCCGCCGUUCCAGCUGCGCAACAUCCUCGUCGCCUACAACGCGUUCCAGGUCUUGUUCUCCACCUGGAUCUUCUACGAGUUUGGUAUGGGCGGAUGGUUCCGUGGUUACUCCUACCGUUGCCAGCCUGUCGACUACUCAGAAAAUCCCAUUGCUAUGAGGGCCAGCCCCAGAAGCAGCAUCUUUACUACUGAAUGAACCCAUUCAUUGUCGCAAUCACUUGGCACAGGGCCAAUUAACAGCAGUGCGGUUGCCUUGGCUUCUCCCCUCCCAGCCCCUUCUUCCCCUGCUCCUGUGCUUUGGGGAGCCUCAUGCACAAAUAGCAAUUCCAAGACCAAAAGACAAUAUUAAUGUCACAGUUAAAUAGCCAGAUGAUUGCCAGUGUGUAAGUCCUUGUUUUCCAGUUCGG